GGGAAUAUACUGGUGUGAACCCAGCUCAAAGUCUGACAUGUGUCCUUUCUGCUCUCCUCUCUUAGCUCUCCCUGUACAUGGAUAAGUUUGAGGAGUUUCAGAGCACUCUGGCUAAAAGCAACGAAGUCUUCACCACCUUCAGACAAGAGAUGGAGAAGAUGACCAAGAAGAUCAAGAAGCUGGAGAAGGAGACGACACAGUGGAGGACCAAAUGGGAGAGCAACAACCAGGCUCUGCUGCAGAUGGCUGAGGAGAAAACUCUGCGUGACGGACACUUCAAAGCGCUGCAGGGGAAGCUGGAGCUGCUGGAGCGGCUGUGCAGAGCGCUGCAGAAGGAGAGGAACGACCUGAACAACCAGCUGAGCCUCCUGCAGGAGACCCCGGACACCACGCAGACCACGGAGACCACACAGGCCCCAGAGACCACAGAGACCACGCUGACCCCCGAGACCACACAGGCCCCCGAGACCACGGAGACCACGCUGACCCCAGAGACCACGCUGACCCCAGAGACCACGGAGACCACGCUGACCCCCGAGACCACACAGACCACGGAGACCACACAGGCCCCCGAGACCACGGAGACCACGCUGACCCCCGAGACCACGCUGACCCCCGAGACCACACAGGCCCCCGAGACCACGGAGACCUCACAGGCCCCUGAAGCCCUGCCAAGGGAGCCCUUCGUCAGUGAGGAGGCUGACGAGGAAGAGGGGGGGUGGGGAGGGGAGGCACAGGGGCUGGAGACAGAGGGCAUCCACGAGGCUCCCAGAUCCCCUGAACUGGACCACACACCGGCUGCUACUCACACAACCACUGCUGCUGCUCCACCGUGCAGCCAGCCUGCACAGCCCCCCUACCCCCAGGACUGACCCGCCUUUAGGCCUGUGUGUAGGUGAGGGGUUGGGCCUGUAAAGCAAAUUCAUGGGGUUAGAUUUAUUUUUCUUUAUUUUAUUUGUAUUCUAGAUUCUCCUGGUUUCCCCAUAUAUAUUUAGUUGGCUAGUUAAAUGAUUGUAAAACAAAUGUUUUGUCAUAAGGGAAGAUGUAGGCUAACAUGGGGGAUGUGGGGAACUCAAACGUAUGAUACAGAAGAAGACAUAUGUUGUUGUUGUUGUUGGUGUGAUGCCUACUGAAGAAACAACUAAAGCAAUAUAAAGAGAUUUUUUUGAUGGAAGAAACUCAUUCAUUUCCAUAUGGUCAGCUCAGCAGGCUGUACAGAAAGGUGCCAUCAUGUGUCCUCUGGCAGGUCAAAUACAGUUGAUCAUGUGGAAGAUCAUGUUUGAUCCCCUACCAAGGCAAUACAUCUCAAAGCAGCUCUGUGCUGCAACAGGUCCUUCAGUACGUCUAUCUGAUAACCCUCUUACCUGCUCCAUCUCCAUUGAGUAUCACACUCUUUUAUUGUGGAUAGAAUGAUCCAGGAAUGUGGCCAUUUGUUCCUCUUCAUGAUAUCAUGCACCUCCAUUUGAAUGUGUGGUUUCCUAACCAUCACUUCAUACAGUGUCUCCUUUUGGAGUUGUAGAGUCAGUGAGAAUCAGGUUUUUGCUCCACCAUAAUCUUCCUUAAACGAGAACAAAGGCAUAAGUCACUGUGUGUAGUUUGCUCUGAGAUGUUGCCUUGCAGUCCCAUUGAUUAUUAUCUGACCCCCCCAUCCCUACUUCCCCCCAUUGUGUGGAUUUAAAAACCAAGGUGGUUUGUGUAAUUAGUGUAGGGGUGUAGGAUGGGGGAAGACUUUUCAGUCCAAUUGAAUCAUUUGCUCUUGCUUUGGCGUUGCCGCAGACUGACUCAGGUAAUGUCAGAAUCUACCUCUGCAGGUGAGGCUGAAAAGGAGGACGAGUCACCACAACUUUGGAGAGCUCUAUUUCUGUUGGGGGACAAAAAGAGAUUUGCCCACACCCCCUCUUUGAUUGUACAAUGUUCUUAAAAGUCCUGUCUUGAUUUUCAAUAAACAUUUUGUAGAAUUUG